UGAGAUUAUUAGUUUAUGUCAGGUUUUUUCCAGUCCUAUGCAGUUGAAGUAGAUAUAAAGGAUGCUUCUAAUGCUACGUGCCUGUAUGCAAAUUGGAUGAUGAGGUUCUUGAUAACAUAUGAAUCAAACAAUGGUGAUUAUAAAAACACAACUCUGAAUUUGUCAUCGAAUGUGACACACAAUGGAAGCAUCUGUGGCAAUGACACACAAGCUGCCCUUGUGGCAGUGCAGUUUGGAGACGGUCAUUCUUGGAGCAUUAAUGUCACAAAAAACAAUGAAACUUACCAGGGGGAGUUCAUCACACUGACCUACAACACCAAUGACACGACUGUAUUUCCUGAUGCUAAAAGAAAAGGACCAGUUACUGUUCUUAUGAAGGAUCCUUCGCCUCCAGUUCAACUGAAUACUGUCUACGUGUGUCAUAAUUCCUACUUAAUUGAAGCAGAAAACACAACGCAGAUUUUCUGGAAUGUUACUAUGCAGGCUUUUGUUCAGAAUGGCACAGUCAGUAAAAAAGAGUCUAGAUGUGCUGCUGAUACACCUACUUCUGCACCUAGUGUUCCACCUACUAUUGCCAAUGUAACUACUGCAUCUACCACUACUUUGUCUCCUGCUCCAACAACUACUCCCACACCUGUGGAGAAUCCAGACACGGGAAACUACUCUCUUAAAAGUGGAAAUAAAACUUGUUUCCUGGCGACUGUGGGGCUGCAACUGAAUGUUUCUCAAGACAAGCCUCUUCUGAUCAACAUCAAUCCAAAGACAACUAUCGCAGAUGGUGCCUGUGGUAACACAACAGCCACUCUGAAAUUGAAUGAUCGAAAUAGCACACUGAUUGGUUUCACAUUUGCUGUUAAAAAUACAAGUGCAAGUGUACAAAAAUUUUAUCUGAGGGAGGUGAAUGUUACGCUGCUCAACCGUCUGAAUGGUUCUGUCAUUUCAAGUGCAGAUAACAGCAAUUUCAGCAAGUGGGAUGCUUUCCUUGGUAGCUCUUACAUGUGCCGAAAAGAGCAAACUCUUCAGAUCAAUGAGGAUGUUCAAGUACAUACUUUUAAUCUAUGGAUUCAGCCAUUCCUUGUGGAGGCAAAUAAGUUUGCUACAGCUGAAGAAUGCAUUGCUGAUUCUGAUCUGAACUUUCUUAUUCCCAUCGCAGUGGGUGUGGCACUUGGAUUCCUUAUCAUUCUUGUCUUUAUAUCUUACAUCAUUGGAAGAAGAAAAAGUCGUACUGGCUAUCAGUCUGUAUAAUCUCUUAAUUCCAUCUCUGUCGCCCACCUUCCCUGUUCUUUUCCCUUUCCCAGACUUCCUGACCUGCUCCUUAAAAGAAAAAAGAGAAACAAAUUAAUUCAAGGUUUCUUUAUUUUAAAAAAUUAAAAUCACUUCAUGACGGAAUACCAAUCACUUCAUGACAGACUAACAUACCAUGAGUCUGAAGAUGAGUUGCAGAAGCUACUGUAUGACUUUGGAGAAAGUAAGUGUUCUGAGGACCAGAGAAUUGAGCAGAGUUUGUGUGUCCCUCUGGGAAAUGUGAUUAUUUUUAGAAAAGAAGACAUCUACGAAACUUUCUGUUGUUUAAUCUUUCUAUACAAGAAAAUGUAUAGAUGCCUACAGCUUAUCUUGGUUAAUGCUACAGCUAAAACUGUAAAGUGUGAAUGCUGUGUCAAAAGGGACUGCACUUGCAGUGGGAAAAUAAAUACCCAGCUCUCAACAGAUUUCUGUUGGGAACUUGGCAUAUGGCUUUUGUUCUGAAUCAGCCUGAGUUUCCUAUUCUUUCUAAAUGUAAAAGUAGUACCUGAUCUCACUAGUACCCAGACAUAAUAUAAGAAGAAUAUCUGAUUCUUAUAUAAAUUAAUUUGUUUAGCAUCAUAUGGAGAAGCUGACUACUAAUGUUAGUUGGGUAGCUUUGCACUACCAUGGUGUCUUAAUUUGCCAAGAUAAGGUUCAGGUCUGGAGAACUUUGGCUGCUCAGAAAAGGCAACAGUCUGCUGAAGGAAAUGUCUCCUGUGCUAUUUCGUUGAAUUGCAUUUUUCCUUUUGUUCUGAGCUCAAUUGUGAAAUGAGGGUGGGAGGCUGGAAUUUCACUAGCUGCAGUUUCUCUCAGCUUUGAUUCUGAACAUAAAAGAAACUACACAGCGUUGGUCCAUGUGAGACUCAAAAGUAUUUUGAGAGCACUCAGACUGACUAAGAACACAGAUGGCUCAGAGAUUCCUGCAGUACUUUUGGACAGCUUUCAUAGGUUAACAGGAUCAAUGAGAAGCUGUGAUCUCUGAAUGCAAGUGGAGAUACAAAACCUUUCAGGUUUGAUAGAAUUAAUCUGCUUUUAACCUCCUCAUUAUUGCUGUCUCAGUGUAAGACCACAAAAUCUCUAGCAUGAGGAAUGCUGAUCAUAAAGCAGAAGUGAAUAUAUGUAUAGUGAAGAAAGGAACUUCCAAAGGAAUAAGAGCAUCUUACCUGUUUGAAGAUGCUUUUUUUGUUAUUAGUGCCAUACCUUUGCAAUUCUAUGUUCCAUAUCUAAACUGUACCAAAAUAUAAUUUAGUAGUUUGUGGCUGUGUUCUGCUUCGUUCCCAUCAGGUUCAUGUUGAUGGAAUGAAAGAAGCCUCUCGCUCUUUAAAGUUUUUUGGUCCAUUUUGGCAAAAGCCUAUUGCAGCCAAUAAACCCUGAGGGCACACAAAGUUCUGUCCUCUGCAGCAGGUGUUUACCAAAGCUGCUUCAAUAUUUAAUCUCUUUGUGCAUUGACCUUGUAUCCAUGUUGUGGAGCAAGCACCUUCAGUAAUUCACACACACAGAGGUGGCAGUCAACACCGAUGUUUAAGCAACUCACAAUAGCUGUAUGUUCAGGAAAGGAGGUUUUCCAAAGAGUUAGUUUUGAUGUUUGAGAAAUACCUGUACAUUCAAUUAUUCUUGUCCUCACAGUGACCAAAGAUACACUCUACCUGAUUCUGACAAAAAUGAUUCCAUAGUACAAGUGGGUUCUUGGAUCAAGCUGGUUUGUUUUUUUUUUAAGGAAUGUAAUUAAAUUCUGCUUGAGUUGGACUGUGUGCUUUAGGUUUGGUUGUCUUGGUCUCUUAUAUUGUACCUCUGCUCUCACAAUACUUGAUUUCCCUGCCAGUGCUAAAUGGAAUUAUUUCAGGUGGCAUUUUAUGAGUACACCCACUUGUCAGUGUGGUGCUUCUCUGCUGCCAGCAGAUGGAUCACAGCUAUGUUCUCAUGCUGAGAUUGCAGACUGAAGUAUUUAAUAUCACUUUUGCUAGGCUAUCUCAGUGAAAUGUGGUCAUUUCCUAGAUGCAGACACAUACACAUAUAUAUAUAUUUUGUAUAUACAUAGGAAGUAUUAUUUUGAGCUUCAAGAGAAGUCAAAAAUUGAUCCAGCACUUUAAGGUUGUGGCAGCAUGAAGAGUGGUGUGUACAAUUUUUCACAUCUUAAAAAUGACUGUACAAAUAUGCUGACAGCAGAAUAUGUGCAUGGAAAAUAAAGUUAAUUAUUGAGUUAUAAAGCUUUGUUUUAGUGUAAGUAGACAUAAAUGCCAUUUCUGAGAGCUUUUCCAGAGGGAUUGUCAAUGUGCUUGGAUCUGGAUGUUUGUGGGGAAA